AUGCCCAAGCCAAGGGUGGUGUAUUGGUUCCGGACAGACCUCCGACUUCACGAUUCUCCCGCCCUCAAGGCCGCGCUGGAUCUGGAGCCAGAUGUCUUGUGGCCGAUAUUCACCUGGGAUCCCUACUAUGUCUACAGAGCGCGGGGAGGCACAAAUCGAUGGCAGUUUCUCCUCGACUGUCAGAAUGACCUCUCCAGCUCCAUCACAAAACUAAACCCCAAGUCCAAGCUCUACGUUCUCCGCGAAGCGCCCCAGACUUUGUUCCCCAAACUCCUCAAGGCCUGGAAAGUCACCCACCUCGUCUUCGAAAAGGACACGGACGCAUAUGCCCGGCAGCGCGACGAGGUCGUCGCCAACGCAGCCAAGGAGGCCGGCGUCAAAGUCAUCACCCGCGCCGGCAGAACGCUCUGGGACAGCGACGAGAUCGUCUCCCACCACAAUGGGAAGCCAACCAUGUCCAUGACGCAGCUUCUCUCCGCCGCCAAGAAGGUCGGCCCCGUGCCCCGGCCCAUCGCCUCGCCCAAGAACCUCCCCGACCCGGGGGACACGCCGCUCGACUUUGAGCACCACGUACCCACCGACGCGCCGGAUGUGAACGCGCAGGCGAGGGACAGGAAGGAAACCGCGUACCGGGGCAUCGCCGGACCCAAGGGCGACUUUGCCAUCGAGACGCUCGAGGAGCUCGGGUUCCCGCCGGCCACGACUCCGUUCAGGGGAGGCGAGAGCAUUGCUCUCAAGAACCUGGCCGACAUUGUCGGCAACAAAAAGUACACAGCCACGUUUGAGAAGCCAAAGACGAGCCCGGCGCAGUUUGAGCCGCCGUCGACGACGCUGCUCUCGCCGUUUCUUCACUUUGGCGCCCUGUCCGUCCGCGAGUUCUACUGGGGCGUGCAACAAGUCGUCGAGGCCCACGGCAAAGGGGCGUCGACCCCUCCGGCGAGCCUGACGGGCCAGCUCAUCUUCCGUGACAUGUACUUUGCUGCGCAGGCGGCCGUCGGGCCCAAGUUCACGCAGACGGCCGGGAACCCGUACUGUCGCUUUAUACCCUGGCAUCUGCCGUCCGAGCGGGACGCGCAGACCGGGCUCGUGACGGACAAGUACACGGUGGACUCGGACGACGCCGAGACGUGGUUCCAGCGCUGGAAGCGAGGCGUUACCGGAUUCCCCUGGAUCGACGCCCUCAUGCGCCAGCUCGUCCACACGGGCUGGAUACACCACCUCGGCCGCCACAGCCUGGCGUGCUUCCUGACCAGGGGAGGGUGCUACGUCGACUGGGAGAGGGGCGCAGAGGUCUUCGAGGUGCACCUGCUGGAUCACGAACCUGCCUGCAAUGCAGGGAAUUGGCAGUGGCUGUCGUGUACGGCCUUUUUCUCUCAGUUCUUCCGGUGCUACAGCCCCGUUUCCUUUGGCCAGAAGUGGGACAGGGACGGGCGUCUGAUUCGCAAAUGGGUCCCGGAGCUCAAGGAUUUGGAUUCAAAGUACAUCUACGAGCCGUGGAAGGCGCCGAUCCGGGAUCAGAAGAAGGCGGGCGUGAGGGUGGUGGGUGACGGCCUGGGCGAGAGGGAGGAGGGGACGUAUCCCAAGCCAAUGUUCGACUUUGGGAAACGGAGGGAGGCCUGCAUCAAUGCCAUGAAGGCGGCGUACGGCGUUGGCUUGUAUGGCGACGACGAGAGGGUCGCGGACGGUUCCUGGAGGGGCCUGUUCGAGGGCCAGGGAGGAGAGAUGAUGGGCAUGGUUGGGAGUGAUGACGGGGAGAACGCGGACCAAGGGGACGAGGACGACGAGGACGUUGGCGACAAGAGGAGGCGGAAGGGGCACGACGGGGACGAUGUCAAGAAGCAAAAGAAGUGA